UUCGAGAAACCAAACUCCUCCAAAACAGGCAGUUAACUAUAUAUGUCGUAUUAUGUUAUGUUAUGUGAUUCCAUUUUUAGGUCUUAUCUUCUUCCCUCUCUCUCUCUUCAUUCAUCAUUCUCCAAGCAAAAAGGAAAUCUACAUUUCAUCCAUUAAUUUGGCUUCAGCCUUGAUGGGUCUCUUCUUUUCUAGAAAUCUACCUUUCAAAUUUUGUCUACCUUUUCUUUUCUCCAAGAGAGUUUCUGGGAAUAUGUUUCCCAAGCAACUCGAGAACAUGAUGUGUUUGGUGGCCCGCACUGGUAGGCAUUUGCAACGCUAUGAUGACCAUGGUUGUCGCCAAGUUGUGGGAUGCAUUCCAUAUAGAUAUAGGAGAAAAGGAACGCAAAAUAAGGAAUUAGAGGUUCUUGUUAUUAGUACUCAGAACGGCGAUGGAAUGCAAUUUCCAAAGGGAGGUUGGGAGACUGACGAAUCCAUGGAGCAGGCUGCUUUAAGGGAGACCAUAGAGGAAGCUGGGGUCAUGGGCAAUAUCGAAAAUAAAUUGGGUAAAUGGUCUUAUAAGAGCAAACGCCAAGACACGGUACAUGAAGGUUAUAUGUUCUCUUUGCUUGUCAAGAAGCAAUUAGAGAAUUGGCCAGAGAAGAACAUCCGAAAACGAAGAUGGAUGAGUGUUACUGAAGCCAAAGAAGUUUGUCCCCAUACUUGGAUGAAGGAGGCUUUGGAUGUAUUGGUCAGUAGGGAGGGAGAUGUAAUUAACUAAAUGCAAAUAUUAUUUUAUACUCUUAUGAUUUGCAAAUUAAGUCAUACAAAAGAUGGACUGCCCAACAGAUGUUAGGAUGGAUAAAUUAAUCAAUACAUUUUGAGAACAUCGUGCAAUUCAUGCUCCUCGUGUUUUACGAUUAUACCCUUGGUAAUAGUUUCUGCCUUCAAAUUUUGGAUGUUGGCGUGCUCAUAGUCAUUGCUAAGGGUACUCUCCAAAGAAUUUCAAAUUUCUACAAUGUAGUUCACAGAUCAUCUAGCGCCCAUUCUCAAUUGUAGAUCCAUGUACAAAAUUAAUGCAUUCUUUCAAUAUUUUUA